AUGAAGAAUGCGUUCGCACGCUACUCGCUCACUAUUCCCAGCAUUCCGGAGAAUGUCAUCGCCCACCUUCGACAGUGGAAUGAAUGGUGAGCAUUACUGUGGAGUCCACUGCCCAAUAAAAAAACAAUGAUUGGGUAGGAUGACGAAAACGACCUCAUGAUCAAUGCAUUCACAAAUCUUCUUUAAUCUUCCUCCAGACACAUAACUAGUCCUCGUCUGAUCUUUCAUAAUGCUCCAAACACACAGACACACACAAUAUUCAUUUCUCCUCUUUCGGAUCUGCAAACAUGAGUGCAGAAUGUCCGGGAAGUAGAAAAGUCCUCAUCUGAAAGCGCUUUUGCCAACCGCCCGUGGCGCUUUUUCGAGUCCAUCCCGCCUCUAAUCCACUCGAUAAUCCUUGAUUGUCUGCAUUUAGUGGACACAUACACACAAAUGCACCGACAUAAUAAUAUAAUAUAAUUGUGCUUCUCUUCGCCGCUUUCCUCCUCUUCCCUUCAUUUUUUGUCGCCAUAAAAUCGUGCACUGGCCUCUAUUUAGUCAUUCCGAAAAGGAAAGCAGAUUGAAAUUCCAUACCAAUCACGGAUAUUAGGAUAAGAAAUCGGGCGGUGGAAUAUGAGAGCAUCUCUGCGAUUCAAGAUAUUCAUCCUCAUUUGUUCUUCGUCAUUUUCUAGGAAUAUUUCUGAAUGCACUCUUGGAAAGAUUUUGGAAAAUUCUGACGAUGAUACAAUACAGUAGGUUAUGCAGUCAAAAGUUGUCAAUUUUCAACGUCAAAUCCUGUAGUACACAAAUCAGCAAAUAAUUUGUGCAUGUUCAUUUUUGUUGUACAGGAGUUCACUUUCAAAUUUGGUACAUAAUCAGGCGACACUGUUUUACAACUUUUGACAUCACGUUUCACAUCAUCAUCCUAGCCUACCACUCUUAUUAUUUCCAGAAUUUUCCAAAGUCUAUCCAAAAGUACGUCUUUAGCUCUAUAGAUGUUGGCCAGGAAUGAAGUAAAUGACUAUAUAUCUCAAUAAAAUUUACUUUUUUCUUACUACUGCUUCAAAUGGUAGUCCGCACAGUCCGUUGUUCCAGCCUCCGGCCCUCCGUGUGCCCCGUGCUCUCCGCCCGUUUCGCUCUCUUUUCCACCACGACUCCAUGCUCCGUUCUCUGCGUCUCCGCGUCGCCUUCGGAUCCCUCAUCCGGCUCUUUCCCAUUCCGCCCGUCUGCGUCUCCCGUACGCGCACUUACUUUCUCGCUCUCGAAUUGCCUUUUUGGUUGAAAGAGUAGUGUCAUUGGCAGUUGUGCGUGUGGCACAUGUGACGAAGAAAAGAAACAAAUGCUUUUCAUCCCGCCCCCACUCACUUCUUCUCUCUCUCUCUCUCUCUCAGAUCCCUUCUUUCCGUUCCCACUGCGUCUCCACGUGCUCCUUUGUCUUUUUUGCUGCAAAUCUCAAAUUGUUUCAGCCGUUCCCUUCCGCUUUUUUUGUUCUUCACAAUUCUCACCGUCCCGGAAACGAAUGCAGUUUUGAGAGCGAUCAAAGAGGGAACUUCCGUCUCCUCCCCAAUUGCUUUCGUACUUUUACAGCUAAUUAAAAGUCCUUCCACUUUCUCUUCCUCUUUUUGUUUUCUGGAAUCCUCGAUAUUUUUCCUCUUUUCUUUCGACCUCUAACUUAUUCAAUUACAGAAGCCUCUCCUCUUUUGCGCCCAAAAAUGCAUUACAUUCUCAUUUCCCCCAAAAAAGUCCUGAAUAUGUCCGUAUCCAAAGUGCACUCUUCAUCUCUUCCGAUCCGCCGAGCAUUCAUUCCGAGCCCUGAGCACACUUGUUUUCCGACCUAGUCCAAGUUUGACGACGAAAAACAAAACAAGUGAGAUAUUUAAUUCGGUUCUCGGACGUCAUAAUCUACGCCAAUUAAAAGUGACUCCGGUGGACAGGGGGUAGAAAAUAAGGAAAUCGAAAAUAGAGAGAGAGAGAGAAAACUAAUCAACAUAAAACAAAAAUGCGCAUGGCUCCGAGCGGCUUUCGCGAUGGAAAAGGCCGAAUUAAUCGAAUCUUUCGGGGCGGCCUCGACUCGUUUGCAGACACCUCCAGUCCAAAGAGUCCCUUCUCACGAGCUCUUUCCCGGUGCGAUUGUUCGUUGAACCUGACCAGAUGAAUCUGAAGUUCAACUCUAAAAUAAGGUUCGUUUUUGUCUCUCAAAUGUCAUCACAAACCACAGACAUUACUAUAAACCACCUGCGCGCUCCUUCUCCGCCAGUUCUGUCGGACCUCCAUCCGUGUUUCCGAACUUUCCAAUCAAUUUCUUUCGGCUCCUCCAUAAACGUUGCGGCUCUCCCUCUGCUCCCUCAUAUAUUUUCCACUUGACUAACUGAAAUCGAAUUUCCGUCCGUCCGUCAUCGUCACUUGCCUCCCAGAACUCUUUCUGCCGCUCUCACCUCGAUUUCAGCGCAGUUUCAGCGCGUUGCUCGGAUGCGGAGCCGUCGGUCGGUGGGACGGGGCUCUCUGAAUAAUUCAUGGUUCGUCGCGGGGAGCAUGUGAGCCCGCGCGCGCGCUGUCGAGCCCACCAGUUUCAUUCACUAUUUAAUUCAUUCAUUCACCCGCUCCGCCGCUUCUGCUUCUUCUUCAUCUUCUUCCAGUCCGCACCACUUUUUUCUAUCGCGGACUUUCAUCUUUGUUUUCCCGCUUGGACCAUUUUGUGCAGUGUAGUGUUGCCACGUCACAGUCGACUGGAGCGUGCUCUUUUUCUCAUUUGAUUGUGUUCUUUCCGAGAGUUGGCAGAGCGAAAAGAUUGUGCGCAUAUGCUACAAAAGUGACGUCGUAAGAUUAAAACUCGAUGCUAACCUGGAACUGUUAAUUUUAAUUCCUUCCCUGAACGGAUGGAUCUUUAGCUUUCCCCGAACCUCAAUCCCGGAACUAUUCUGCUUCUCCAAUCCGUUUUCUUUCGUUUCUUUUCCCCAUUCGAUCUCUCUCUUUUCUGCCCACUCGCGUUGUACCUUUCUGCCGAAAAUCCGGCGAUAAACGGCGCGUCUUCCGCAAAUAGCCGCCCAAAAUCGCCUUAACUCUGAUGUGUUGUUCAUUUUUCUCACGUGGCUCAACACCCAUUCUCGUCUCGUCUAUUCAUAAUCGUUUUGUUCAGGAUGGUCGGCGACACAUCAGAUGAUUCGCCCGGUCCUUCCUCGUCGGCCUCCACCUCCACCGCCACCAUCGACCGCAGAUCGCUUCUGUCGGCCGCCUCGAUGGUCCGGCAGCAAUCGGACACGACCGGAGUUCGGAGGCUUGUCAGGACGAGAGCAGUACAGGAGGACGAUGAAACCGGCCUGCACUCGAGUAGCAAUGUGAGUUUUGAAUCAGAAUCUCUGUGACGUCGUCAAACUGAUUCUCUGCACUCUUCUUCUGAUGCCACGUCGAAUUCAAAACGGCGCUAACCCUCGGGGAGCCUUGUAAUCGGCAGACUGGGAAAGAUCUCGUGAGAAAAGGAGCUGUGACUGAAAAUGUUCUCGAAAUUCCUCCCAUAAUGGCUCAUUCCACUUUUCUCCCGGGAAUUCCGGAUCUCCGACCUAACUCAUUCUUCCCACGUCUUCUCAGAAUCACGUACUUGGGCUCGGCUAAUUGUGUAUAAAAGUGGCGUGACGCAGAUUUCAUAACGAGUUUCCCACUGAUAACGAGUAUAUAUCACAUGAGUAUCCGGCUCCUUUUCUGCGUGGAUUUCUGGGUGGAAACCAUGAAAAUUUCAUUUUAAAGUUUCGAUCAUCUUUUCGAGUCUUACUAGUUAAAGUCGGCUGACCAAUCAGUUGACUUGCCUUCAAUGCUGAGGUAAUCCUCGUGCGAAACUUGAAAACGUCUCCCUCUGAAAGGCGAUUUUUCCAAAGACUUUGUGUGAAUUUUCAAAUCCUCGAAGCCGAGUCAUUCCAUUUUAUUGGCCCAUUUCCACCUCGUGAUCACUUAUCACCGGUGUCUUCUUUCCGUUUCUCUGCGUGCCGUGGACCAGUUCGUCGCUAAUAAUGGCCGUGGAUUGUUCCCCGGGGAGCAUCGGAAGAAGAAGAAGAAGAAGAAGAAGAAGGGGGUGAGCACACGAUGAACUGCGCCACACUUUCUAACGACGAGAGCUCAUCUCUUUUCUUGGCUCCCGAAAGCCAGACACCCUGAUGAACACGCCGGAGCACACCGAUUCAAUCCGCAGUGUUUUCCAUUCUUAUCGAAGAACAUCCUUCCGAUUUCCCCUUUUUAGUGUGAGAGAGGUAGAGAGAAAGUCAAUUAAAAUUAUGGAAACUGACAAAACGAGCGGCCUAUUCUCUUCUUUUCUUUUUUUUUGCUUCGUUUCCAUAUCAUAAUUGGAAUGAGCCGAAGACGAAAAGUGAAAACGAUGAAAACGGAGAAGACGGCGUUGAUGACCUCUUGAACUUUUUCCCAUCAUUUUUCAAGAUUAAGUUAGAAGAGGUGUGUGUGUGGGCUCAUCCAAUCCGAUCCUAUUCUUCUUGAACGUCUGGCCUGAUAGGCUUCAACUCACAUCAUGAUUCGGAACAUGAAGCGGUGCUCUUUUUUGUGCUCCAUUGCAAUAAAAGCCAAGUGUCCUCGGCCGCUCAAUGGUGUCAUUUCGAAUCGAAUCGGCCGGCACCGCGUCCACUCCACUUGCGCUCGUUUCUUCCGUGUGCUCCCACUGCUGCAUAUCUCGUGUGUGUAACAUUGUCGCAAUUGCAACAUCCUCCGUUUCCACCCGGUGUCUUCCUUCCAUCGGACAAUCUCUCUCUCUCUCUCUCUCUCUCUCUCUCUCUCUCUCUCUCUCUCUCUUCCUUUCUUCUCAUUUUGCCACGUCAUCCGCUCCAUUCGACUCGUAAAUCCAUACUGUAAUGGGACCAUCAAAGUGCACGAGAGGUGGUCGAGAAUAAUGAGAAAAAAGGGUCUCUACCAGCAGCCGCCUUUCUUUUACGAGGUUGCAUAAAUCGAAACGACGUCGACGGAGGCGUAUAUAUAUAUCAAACGCCUUCUUCGCUCCUUUCUGUGCACUCCAAACCACUUUUCAUUCCAGCUCUCCGCCACAAUGUCACCCAAUUUAUCAAGGCCGACGCGAUAUGUCAAGGUGAGUUCGGAGGGCAAAAAGGGAAGGGGUACGGUAGCCGAGAGAAGUUUCAAGCCACUUACUCUAGAAUCUACGUGGCGUGUGCACUAAAAUGUUCUAUUCUAACAUCAUUCCUCUUAUUUCUAUUCUCAGAAGCCGUGACCCAAAAAGAAGAAAGCCGUGUGUGUGCCAUUUGUGCUCGUUUUUGACUUGUCACGUAGAGUCUUUCAUAGAUUGCAAAAAAAAAGAUGACGUGACAUCGCCACUUGAAACGUUUUCAUGAAUGGAAGCAAUCGGAGCCGUCCCUUUCGAUUGCCUGGCAACCGGCUCGCGGAAGCAGAAAUUGAGAAGAAUGAAAGUGAAAAGGGAAAAUAAUCACACUAGGAAGAGAGCGAAAAGAGCCGGUCAGCGAGACUAAUCCGCCUCACUUAGACCCCCUCUCCAAGCAACAUGUUCGAGCGAACGGAAAUCGUUUUCCUCUUUUCCUUUCGCUCCUUUCCCCUCACUUCUUUGCUCUGUUUUUCUCGGCCUCCCAGUACUCUAUUUUUCGCCUCUUUCAUCCAUUUGCCACGUCAUUCCGGAGUGUCAAUUUGUUUUGCAUUAACGGAGAAGCCGUAGAGUUCUUUAGAACGGCUGUGGGAUGGCCGAAAAUGGGCGAUUCGCUCGUUGUAAAUGCACACUUUUCAGUCCGUCUCCCAGCAGCGAAGCGAGAGUUAUAUACAACUGAAUCAGUACAGACUAAUGGAGGAAAUCGGACAGGUUAGUUAUAUUUUCGUAGCCUCACAAUAUCACGAAAUCGUCCAGGGCUCGUAUGGGAUUGUAAAACUGGCGUACAAUGAGGAAGACAAAAACCUGUACGCGCUCAAAGUUCUGGAUAAAAUCAAACUUCUGAAGAACUUUGCGUGUUUCCGUCAGCCGCCUCCGCGAAGAAACAAGGAGAACGCGGCGCCGUCUGUGCUCAGGAAUCCUCUUCAAUUGGUGCAAAAAGAGAUUGCCAUUCUCAAGAAGCUGUCGCAUCCGAAUGUAGUGAAACUUGUAGAGGUAAAAGAUUUCCCUCCCACUUCAGAUGAGAACUCUUUUUUUUCAGGUGCUGGAUGACCCGAAUGACAACUAUUUGUACAUGGUGUUCGAGUUUGUCGAGAAGGGAUCAAUUCUGGAAAUCCCGACGGAUAAGCCUUUGGAUGAGGAUACUGCGUGGAGCUAUUUCCGGGAUACGCUCUGUGGUCUCGAGUAUUGUGAGUUUGUGUUCUUCAUUCAAAAGCUCACCAUCAUUUGCAGUGCACUAUCAAAAGAUAGUUCAUCGAGAUAUCAAACCGUCGAAUCUUCUGCUCACUGACAUAGGACAAGUGAAAGUGAGUUGGAUGGAAAUGCAACCUCGCCCUACCGUACUUCUCUCGUUCAGAUCGCCGAUUUCGGAGUGUCGUGCGAGUUCGAAGGCAUCGACGCGUUCCUCUCCGGAACCGCCGGAACGCCAGCUUUCAUGGCUCCAGAAGCUUUGACCGAAGGGGCGAAUCAUUUCUAUUCGGGUCGCGCACAAGACAUUUGGUCGCUAGGAAUCACUUUGUACGCUUUUGUCAUCGGAACUGUGAGUUGGAAUUUGGAUUCUUAUAUUUCAAAACAAAUUUAACUUUUAGGUUCCUUUCGUCGAGAAUUAUAUAAUUGCUCUCCAUAAAAAGAUCAAGAACGAUCCGAUCAUAUUUCCGGAAGCGCCAAUUCUGAGCGAGGCGCUCCAAGACUUGAUCUUGGGAAUGCUCAAGAAGGAUCCAGGUCAUCGUCUGAUGCUCCACGAAGUGAAAGUGCACACCUGGGUGACCAGGGAAGGAACUGUGAUGAUGUCGUCGGAGCAAGAGAACUGUCAUCUCGUUACGGUAACGGAAGAAGAAAUUGAGAACUGUGUGAGAGUCAUUCCACGGUUGGAUACUCUGAUUCUCGUGAAAGCGAUGGGACAUCGGAAGAGGUUCGGAAACCCGUUCAGGUAAGAGAAAGACAGCGAUCACUUUCAAAAAGGGUUCUGAUUCUUGAUUUCAGGAACAAGUUGAGUGCUCAGUCAAGCAUUCGAGACAGACGGAAGAGUUCUUCGGUCAAGGAUCCGACCUACGUGCCCCCGCCUAACUCGCCUCCCGCCAAUGCGAACAACAAUUCCAAUUCCAUGAAGUGGGUGAUCUCUAUCCUUUCCCUGUAAACCUAUGUACUUCAGAGUGGAUCGUCCGGAAAUAAAGUGCAUCGAAAUGAAUCUCUCCGGUCUGACACUGAAAGUCGACGAAGCAUUGCAACCGAAAGUCGAAUCGGCUCGCCAGUAG